AUGACAAAUCCAUGUCCACGACGCCAGUAUGAAUGGGAGGCGGAGGUAGUCAGGUAUAUCAACUAUAUAUCAGACAAGACACGCACUUGGUCAACAAAGGCACUUGCACGACCAUGCCUAGACAGCAAGGUUCCUAUCCUCAGCCCUUGUUUUCUGCCACCGUCUUACCUACAUGCCCGGAAGCAAAAUCAAUCUGAGCCAGCCAUCAACCCCGAGAUCUUAUACCUGAAAGCACUUUGUGCCAUCCAUCUGUUCUACUAUCCCGAAGUUGUCAAGUGUCCGCAAUGCAAUGGUACUGAUAAUGUUCAGUGGGAUGGAUGGACCGGCACAGGUCCUCGCAAUGUCCAUGGUUUGAUGGUUGACGAGGCUGUGAUAUGUAUGCAGCUUCGUUGUGAGAACUGCAAAAAUGAUGCGACAAGAAAGGAACAUGAGCAUGAGCAUAGCGACUUGGACAAUGGAUGCAGCAUCAAGACUGACCUCAAAGGAUAUUGCUUCGCAACAACUAACCCUGACUUUUGGGGCAGCUGGCCCCACCGGUCCAUUCCUGGUGGGCUCCUUAGUUCAGUCUGA